AUGUCUGCUCCAAAAGUCGCUACUCAAGUAUUCUUGAAAAACUGUCCAACUGGAUUCAUCAACCCAAAGGUCAACGAAUCUGACUCCACUUUUGAAGUCAAAGAAGUUUCAAUUCCAGAAUUAAACGACGGUCAAGUCUUGGUUAAAACUUUAUACUUGUCGAAUGAUCCAACUCAAAGAACCUGGUUGAGAAAAGCCGGUGAUAACUCCCCAAGUUACUUGCCACCUGUUCACGAAGGUACCCCAAUGGCUUCCUUAGGUUUAGCUGAAAUUGUUCAAUCCAAAUCUACUAAAUACGCAGAAGGUGAUAUUGUCAGUGGCCGUAUCUUCUGGGCUGACUACGCCGUUUUACCAGACGCUGUUUUCUACAACAAAAUUGACAAAUCCGCUGGUUUGCCAUUGGAAUUCUACUUGUCUGUCUUAGGUAUGACCACAUUGACUGCUUUCUUUGGUUUAACCGAAACUGCUGAAUUGAAAAAGUACUUGAAUGGUCCAAAAGAAGGUGAAAAGGGUCCAGUUGUUUUGGUUUCUGCUGCUGCUGGUGCCACUGGUUCUUCCGCUGUCCAAAUUGCCAAACAUUUGUUGGGAGCCUCUAAAGUUAUUGGUAUUGCUGGUUCUGAUGGCAAAUGUAAAUGGGUUGAAAGUUUAGGUGCUGAUUUGUGUGUCAACUACAAGACUGAAAACUGGACAAAACAAAUCGAUGAAUUCUUGGCUAAGGAUAAUGAAGGUGUCGAUGUCUACUUUGACUGUGUUGGUGGUAAGAUUUUGAGUUACGCUUUAACUAAGAUGAACAAGUUUGGUCACGUUGCUCUUUGUGGUGCCAUUGCUGGUUACAACGAUCACAGUGCUUUGGCUGUUGGUACUCUUCCAUUUGCCAUUACUAAUAGAUUAACUUUGAGAGGUUUUAUUGUUGGUGAUUUCGCCGCUCAAUUUGCCGAAGCCAUCCCAGUUCUUGUUGGUGCUAUUAAGAGUGGUAAACUUAAGACUGAUGGUGCUUACCAUGUUGAAAAAUUAUCUGGUGAUAGCGCUGCUAAACGUUUGGAAGGAAUUCCAGCUAUCUGGAACUUAUUGUUUGAAGGUGAUAAACCAAACGGUAAAUUACUUAUUAAAGUUGAUUAG